CUACUACCUACCGUCCAUUUGAACCUCGUGUUUAGUGCGUUCAGUAAAGCUACAGUUUCCGACAUAAAAUAGUGUUAAAUAAUAUUCAACUAUGGAUACUCUGGUUGCUAAGAAAUACUCAUCUGUGGAUAACCUAACAACACUGUUCAAGGACACACUGUCAACGCCACUAAAGAAAACGCUGAACUGCAGUGUGAGUGUGACGGAUGUUUUGCGUCUCAAAACCAACAUUGAAGCAGAUGCCCUGCAAGCGGUGAAGCUGGACCCGGCCGUGCUGGAGGCUCAGGUUACGGUGGACGGCGCCCCGCGGCCGGCGGCGGCGGUGCCUGUGCUGAGCCGCGCCACCAGCGUAACUGGAGCCUCCAGCUGCAGUGGCAAAGGAUCCUCCUCCUCAUCAGCGUCCAUGAGCUCCUCGUCCUCCACCGACAUGUUCCGCCGCAUGCAGUCGCUGCAGCACGAGGCGCUCCGGUCCAUCUCACCGGAGCAGCUGGCCCUGCUGCUGAGAUAUGUGGCCACGCUGCGCCGGCAACGGAAGGCGGCUCAGAGGAAUCUUGAGUGCGCAUUCUGCAAGAACAACGGCGAGUCCCCGCCGUGGUACUCGUCGCACGGGCUGAAGGACUGGCGCGGGCGAGUCUUGUGCCCCGUGCUGCGCGCCUUCCACUGCCCUCGAUGUGGAGCUACCGGCGACAGGGCUCAUACUAUCAAGUACUGCCCGGAGAUGAAGAUCGUUACAGUCGGCUCUUCAGCGUUUGAUAUUAGACACUUGAAGUAAUGUUUAUUAGUUGGUAAAUAUGUUUUAUUUUUAUAUUAAAUGUUACCGAAAA